UCCCUGCAGUCGGAGAACCCGCCGUACCCGCGGGCAGGGACCCUCGGGCGGCCGGCGGUGCCCCGGGGAUGGUGCUGUCGAUGGCGCCGCAGCGGCACACGAGCUGCUCCCCUGCGCUCCCCGCUCGGCCCCGGCCCGGCCCGGUCCUCCCCGGCGCCAUUUUGCGGAGGCGAGGCCCGUGAGGCGGCCCUGCCGGGGAGGCGGCGGCGCAGGCUUGAAUAGCUUGUAAUGAACAUCAUCAUUGGCAAAUGCAAUGGAAGAGGGCAAGGCCGAAGACGUCCAGAGUGUUCUGCGACUUAAUGUGCGAGGAUGUUUGUACACAGCCAGGCGUGAGUCCUUGUGUCGCUUUAAGGACUCAAUGCUGGCUUCUAUGUUUAGUGGACGCUUUCCUCUAAAAGUGGAUGAAUCAGGAGCAUGUCUAAUUGAUCGAGAUGGAAGCCUGUUUAAAUAUCUUUUGGAUUAUCUUCAUGGAGAAGUUCGGAUUCCUGGAGAUGAACAAAUUCGAAUUGCACUGCAGGAAGAAGCAGAUUAUUUUGGAAUCCCUUAUCCAUACAGUCUGUCUGACCAUUUGGCCAAUGAAAUGGAGACAUAUUCUUCAAGGUCAAAUAUAGAGCUUAAAAAGGCUUUGUUAGAUUUCUGUGAUUCUUAUGAUUUAGUUUGUACCAAGCCUACAGUGUGGGUCCUGCACUAUCUCAACACAUCUGGAGCCAGCUGUGAAAGUAAAAUUCUGGGUGUGUAUGCCACCAGAGCUGAUGGGACUGAUGCAAUUAAUAAGGCGCUAGGAACGAAAAUUCACAGUAAAAGCAUGUACAAAAGAGAAGCUGGAAAUAAUGUCCAGUACAUCUGGAGCUAUUACUCAGUUGCUGAACUGAAAAAGAUGAUGGAUGCUUUCGAUGCCUGGGAAGGGAGAGGUGUCAGCUACUGGAGAGUGCCCCAGGAGCUGAUUGAAUGUUGGACUCUUGAGGAACGCCCUCUGAAAGGCAGUUUGCAUCAUAUGCCACCAGUUUAUAAAAGACGACUAACUGACUGUACUGAAGAGGAAGACUGUUUGCCAUCUAAAGUGGGUCCCAAGCCAAUCAGAUUCUCAGGUCCCUCAACAAGUACCCACAUCAAAGUCAAGAAUUCAGCUUCACUAAAGGUAGCUGCUUGCAGGGCUUCACGUUCUGCAGCAACUCUUAAACGACCCAACAGUGAAAGUUUGACACUGCACAGAGAAGCUUCUGAAACCACACCCACAACAUGCACACUGGUGCCCAGCAAUGCCCAGGUGCCCUGUGGAAGGCAGAGUGCUGGCAGUGGGACACCAAGCCAAAUGACAGUCAAGAUGGCAGGGCCUGCAAACAGCCGUGUAGUGAAGCUGAAACGAACUCCACUUCUUGUGACACCAUCUCAGCCACCGCCCUCUGUAGCCAGUAAAACAAGUGAACAGGACAGUGCUGCUGGUGAAAUCCCUACAACUUCGGUGGCACUGAACAAGAAAGAACCAGCUGUAUUAGCAGAAAGUAUUAUUAAGGAUGAUAAAGUGGAUGGAUAAUGUUUGACUCAGCCUGAUAGACCGGACAGCUUUGCAUCAUCGGGUCAAAGAAGAGAUCAUCGUCUCAUGUGGUCAUUUAUCAAAGAUUAGGUGUAAAAUGGUGAUGGAAUUCAUGAAAAGCAUAUGAAGAAAUUGUUUCAAGUGAGCACUGAAGUGUGUUUUCUUCUUUAAAUUUUUUUUAGAUUUUGGGAAGGGAGAAAGAAAAACAGAUUAAAAAAAACCCUCAAACAUUGGGCAUGUGCAGUUUAAUGUUCCAGUAUCUCACAUUCUGUUGGGCUAUACUUUAAAGGGAGUACUUGCACAGCAUAAAGACAGACCUCUUUAUCAACUUCAACUACUGUUAACAGUAACUAGAGUUAACCUUAAUUUGUACCUUUAAGUGGGGAAAAAUAGAUAAAACCAAGUAGCUUUUCUUAGAUACAAGUUUGCUACAAGUGUGCAACACACUGAGUGCUGUGAAGACUCCAGGAAGUUCAGUGGUACUUCCUGGUACUUCUGGUGAGGGUAAAUCACCAUUUUUGUUAUUUAACAGCAAUGAAAGGGACCACCUUUGCUUGUAUUCGGUGAGGAAAUUCAGAAAUACAGGAAAGGAAGGAGCAUGCCUUGGGAGUAACAAGGCCAUUUUUCCCCAGAGACACACAUUUACUGCUUUGGCAGCAGGGGUGUGAUCUGGCACUGGUGGGAGGUGGCUGCAGCCGUGGUGUGUUGUGUCACAUCACUGUGGGGUGGGUUUUCUGGAGCUGCAGGAACCUCACAAGUCUGAGUUACAGUGGCCUUCCCGUGUCCUUCUGCAGGUCCUUUCCAAUUAGGAGGGGACAACCUCAGCUUCUGUGCAGCAAAGCACAGAAACUGAGGUUGGAGGUGCCCUGGGUUUUGCCCCCUCCUUCCCCCCAGGCAGGGCAGAGGAGACGUUCUUGUUCCAGGGCAAAUGCUGAGGAGUGGUGCUGAAAUGAAGAGCUGCUGGGUGUUUCUAUCAGGAGAGGAAAGGUGAAUGUGGAUCACUGAUUUUAAAGAGCCCUUUUAGUUGUUUAAAUCAGUGGACAAAAACUGGCUUUGUUUUGUACCCUUGCUUACAGUUGGGUGCUGGGGUUUUUUUUGCUGGUUUUACGAGUGCUUUUGCUCUUCCAGUGCAGUAAAUAGAGCUGUCUCUAAACACUGAGAGCAUUGCCAAAAUGCACCCUUCUUAACAUUCCUGAGACUAUUAGAGCUACAGAAGGGCUCUUUAAAUGUUUUAUUUUCUAGAUCACUUAGAAGCCAUCACAUUUUCUGGCUUUUCUCCUAACCAGAAGGAAUUGACACAUCACCUGCACAAGUAAAAACCCCAAUUUUUCAUGUACUAACAUAUUUUUAGGGAGACAUUUUGCCUUGAACAGUAGCCACUGUAAAGGUGUGCAGUACUGUCAUUCUCUGUGGUUGGUAUGUAUAUGAAAGACCAGCUGACCUUUAGAAUCUUUAAGCUAGAGGCUUUUCUUAAUAAACCUAAAGAUCACAAUACUGAGGCUCUUCCUAACUCGACAAAAAAACUUUCACUGAACAAAGGAAAAAUCAAAAAUUAUGGAAAUAUACAAACAUGAUAUUCUUUGAACAUGCAAUUCAUCAUGGAGACUAAGUCUGUGAAACUUGUUUUUCCUAAAGAUCUGGUUGAAAAGCAGUUUUUAGUACUUAUCUUCUGUGUGACCUUUUAUUCAGUAGCCGAGCACUUUACCACACACUUUUAAAUCUUUUUACAAAGCUUCCUAAAGCUUAUUUCUUUCCUCUUCAACUGUUGACAAAUUUAGAAAGCUUCUACAAACACAGAAUCACAGAAUAUCAUUCAGGUUAGAGAAGACUCUUGAGAUGACUGAAUCCAACUGUCACUAAAGCUCACAAAAAGUACAGAAUUUUGCAUGCAUUCAAGAAAAAAACUUUGAGAAUAAUCCUACAGGACUUUCUGAGUUUGCACUACCUCAGUGUUUAUUUAAUUAUUCUAGUAGCACAGUAUUUUUGGAGCAACAUUCAUGUCAUUUGCAGUGGCUUUAAUGAGCCUUCUCUCUGUCCUGGACAUACUAGCUUGUGGUUAAAAGAAUAAAAAACCACCAAAAAAGACUGCCUUGAAUUUCAAUAGAUGAAAGAGCAAAGUGGCUGUGGUGGAGAGGUAAAGAAAGAUCAAUUAUUUUUUGAGGGACUUGAUUUUAUUUAUUUAUUUUUAAUUGGACAUGGCCUUUUAACUUAACUGAGUAAGCUCUUCCAACAUGUUUUUUAUAUCACAGAAUCUUGUUAAGUUUCUCUUAACUGAUGGACUGGUAUUGAACAGUUUUAUCAUAGAUUAAUAGCAUUAACCUUCAUGUUGACUUUCACCAUAAUACCUUUGCCCUUAUCUACCCAAAGCCUUUUGGAAUGUGGAAACAAAAUUUCAUCUUCUCUGGGAGGCCAGUAGUUGAAAACAAAUUAAAUUUACCAGCCAAAGGAUGAGUUAUCCCUUAACCUGGCUAACAGAAUGUUUUUGGAGGCCUUGGGACAAGGAGCAGAAAUUCUGCAAGUCUGAGUUUGCUACUGGUUGAAAUUUCUUCAAAACUGUAUAGUCCCAAGUUUCUUGAAAGUCUGCCAACUGCAGACUUUCAUCUGUAUUUCACUUAAUAUUUCACUUAUCUGACUCAAGUGAAGGAUUCUUACUGCAUCUGCACUGACAAACUGUGACACACUGAGUGCACAGAUUGGACAGUUCAGCUGGGGAAACUGCUAAAGCUCACCUACAGUUUUAGAGUGGGACCAGAGGUGUUGUCGAGUGGUGUGACAAUGGUUUACUUUGAAUGAUUCUGAAAGUCAUUACAGCAGAGAUCAUGUUCAGAAAAGUCCAUGUUCAGAAGUGACUCCAAUUCAGUAAUCCAGGCUCUGAUAUGAGCACUGCAAAUGCUGACAGAGGGUAUCCCCAGUACAGUCUGAUGCCAUAAUUUUUUUCAUACAAAUGCUGUCAGUUUUCCAGUUGUUUAGUUCUUACUUUCACACUACAGUCUUUCCAAACCAUCAAUGAUAUGGCAUCAUAUGGGUUAAGGAGACAAGAAAAUCAUAAUUCCAACUUGGAUUUCUAUAAAAUUACUCCUCUGUGAUGACACGUCCAGAGGGCCAAUUAUCACCAAAACGUGAUUCAAAUAGAUGUGAUUCUACCUGUAUGUUUUGGAGUGUGGAGAACUCAUUUGUACUUGGUAUAAGCAUUAUUUCAUGUGAUAGGCAUAUGUUGUCACUGAUCCUCAGGGAGUGUUUUCAUCAGGUUUGUUUUUAGCUGAAGAGUCCUGGAAAUACCAAAGCUAACUCAUUUUUCUUUCAGAAUGUUCCAGUUAUUUCCCUACCAGCUCUUUCAGAGCACAAACAUACUCUUUUAAACCAGAUUACAUUAAAUUACUUAGAUAAUAAACAUUAUGUAGUUCAGAUCUUACUGUUUCUAAUAAAGAAAUCCUACCAUUACCCAGGAGUAAGCAGAUUUGGUCUACUUAUUUCCUCCCAGUCCAUGAAGGACAGAUUCUCACACAAUUAAAAUCAGGAGGCCAGUUAUGCUAUCAAAAACUUGGGAGGGAAGCUGGCUGUCUGUCCCUCAGCUGCAGUUACAGAGUCAAAACAUGGUUAGAAAUAAAACUGUAUAAAAGCCCCUCAAAAAACGAGAUUAAUUUUAGGCAGCAGCUGUCAAUAAAAGUUGUUAAGCAGUAGAAACAGGU